AUGACUUCUUCACUGGAGAUGCCAACAUGGUUCUACAUCGCCUUCAUGAUAAUGGCUGCCAUGGCGGACGAUGAAGUCGACCGGUCAGCCAUCGCCUUGCCGGGCUGCUCGUAUCAAUGCGGCGAAGUCGAGAUUCCAUACCCAUUUGGACUCACUCCUGAAUGCUCCCUUAAUGAGGCAUUUCUCGUCACUUGCAACACCUCGAUUCUUCCCAACAAGCCGUUCGUCGACAACAUUCCAAUCAUGAGUGUUUCGGUGGAAGAUGCCGAUUUGGUUAUCGAAAAUCUUGUGGCUAAUUAUUGUUUUGAUGGCAAAGGAAAUAUGUCUGGCCACAAUGAAACGCUUCUUAAGUUUGACAAGUUCACGAUCUCAACGAAGAACAUCUUCACCGUCGUUGGUUGUAGUACUGUUUCAAUGAUCGGAGGCAUCCUCCAAGAUGAUGAGGAUUACUUGUCGGGUUGUGCAUCGUUUUGUAGUAGCUAUCGGAAUAUGCCGAACGGGACGUGCUCCGGUGUCGGGUGUUGCCAAAUGACAAUUCCUAGUGGAUUGAAACAGAUGAAUUUGACGGUGGUGGGAAGUGAUGUGACGAACGGUUCGGAUAUAUUUUCGUGUGGGUACAGCUUCUUGGUGGAGGAGGGUGAGUUCAGGUUCUCGCCGGCUUAUGUUCCACACUUCCCGAACGCCACAGUGCCCAUGGUGUUGGAGUGGUCCAUCGGCAAUGAGUCGUGUGAGGCGGCUGCGGGCAGCCAAGGGUUUGCGUGUCAGGGAAAUAGUAGCUGCCUGAACCCUGCCUUCAUGGGGGGCUACCGCUGCAACUGCUUGCAGGGAUUCACUGGGAAUCCUUAUUUGCCACAUAUAUUUUCUUAUUCGGCUCCUUGUAGGAAGAAAAGAAAAGAAAAGAUUGUGAUAACUUACUCUUAUGUAUUGGUUUGGUCAGACAUAAAUGAAUGUGAUGAUCCAAAUGAAAACGAGUGUACGGAUAUAUGUAUAAAUACGGUAGGAGGUUAUCGAUGUGAAUGCCCAAAUGGAUACUCCGGCAGUGGCAGAAAGGAUAGCAAUGGCUGUGUUCCCCGCCGCCGGUUCCAUACUCUCAUAUUACUUUCUGGUAUCGGGCUGGCAGUAAUGGGCGUGCUAGUAAGUUCGUCCUGGUUCUACAUCGGCUUCAAGAGAUGGAAGCUCAUCAAACUCAAAGCUAAUUUCUUCGAACGAAACGGCGGAUUAAUGUUAGAGCAACAGCUUUCCAUCCGCGAUGAAGCCAACCAAACUGCAAAGAUCUUCACCGCAGAGGAAUUACGGAAAGCCACUAACAACUACUCCGACGACCGAAUCGUCGGCAAAGGUGGCUUCGGAACCGUCUACAAAGGCAUCCUCCCUACCGGCGCCGCCGUCGCCAUCAAGAAAUCCAAGGUUGUCGACAACGCUCAAAACAAGCAGUUCAUCAACGAAGUCAUCGUCCUCUCGCAGAUCAAUCACCGCAACACAGUUAAACUCUUAGGCUGUUGCUUGGAAGAAGAAGUUCCUCUUCUCGUCUACGAGUUCGUCUCCAACGGUACGCUCUUCGAUCACAUCCACAAGCGAAAAUCGCCGCGGCCGAUUCCUUGGAAGAUCCGCCUUAAAAUCGCAUCGGAAACCGCUGGAGUUCUCUCCUAUCUUCACUCAUCGGCCUCGAUUCCGAUCAUUCACAGAGAUGUGAAGUCCACGAACAUUCUCCUCGAUGAAAAUUACACCGCGAAGGUCUCCGAUUUCGGUGCUUCGAAGUUAGUUCCCUUGGAUCAGGUCGAUUUGAACACAAUCGUGCAAGGAACUCUCGGAUACCUAGAUCCAGAGUAUCUGCAAACCAGUCAAUUAACAGAGAAGAGCGACGUGUACAGUUUCGGCGUUGUUCUCGUGGAAUUAAUGACCGGAAAAGUUCCUCUAUCCUUCAGCCGAUCGGAGGAAGAACGGAAUCUGUCGAUGUACUUUCUAAUUGCUCUGAAACAGAAUCGGCUGAGAGAAAUGUUAGACAAAAAUUUGGGCGGCGAUGUGGAGUACGAGCAACUGAAGGAAGUCGCGAGCCUUGCGAAGAGGUGUUUGAAAGUGAAAGGGGAAGAAAGGCCGACAAUGAAGGAGGUGGCUGCAGAGCUUGAAGGGUUGUUUCAUAUGGCGUUUGGUCAUCCAUGGAUGGUUGAUGAUAAAUCUCCAUUAGUUGAAGAAUCAGAGGUUUUGUCGAGUGGAGAAAAGGAGAAUCAGAAGGACGAUGGUGUUGAUUCUGUUGGUCGCGAGGUUGCAUCUGGAACUGAGUGUAGGGAAGGGAGUAACCGAUAUGAUAGCUUUCCCACUAACCAAAUCAUACCAAAAGCAGAUUCUGGGAGAUAAUUUUGGAUCACUUUUUAAGUUACUCACACACCAUAGGGGAGUUUUUAAACUUUUAAUCUAUUUUUAAUUUUGAUCUUGUCACUAACUUUUUAUUAGUAGUGAUGAACACUACACUAUAUAUAUAGUGUAGUAGGUGUUCGAGGUGGGUGCGACCUCAUCAUAAUUUCUAA